AUGUUGCUGGAUAGUAAAUCAAGCGCAGUACACGUCGAAGAAUACGGCUAUAAUGAUAAUGAUACAGAAGGAUUGACCGGUGUGGUUAAUGAGGAGUUAGCGCUCCGGAAUAAAUUAGGGUCUAAGGCUACAGGUUACGGAUCAUUCUGUUCUUUGGAUACUGAAGAACAUCAUAAGGCUACACAACAAAUAAUAGAGGUGCCACAAGGAAGACAUUUAGGCAUAUACUCUACCACCAUUUUAUUUGUUUCACGUAUCCUAGGGUCCGGUAUUUUUACGAUUCCAAGUAGUAUGUAUGUGAACUGUGGUGGUAACGUGACAAUUUUCUUUGGAAUAUGGAUUUUAACUGCAAUCUUGGCCUUUGCCGGACUUUAUUUGUUUUUAGAAUUUGGAUCAUGGAUACCGAAAUCUGGUGGUCGAAAAAAUUUCUUAGAACAAACUUAUACAAAACCUAAUUUAAUGAUGAGUGUCACUUUUGCAUGUUAUAGUCUUUUAUCAGGAUUAACGCUUUCUAACUCAAUUGUAUUUGGGAAGUACAUCCUAUAUACUAUGGGUUACAACGACAUAUCAGAGUCUAAGGAACAAACCCUGUCUAAAUUGAUAAGUGUUGGAGUUAUUUUACUUGCAGUAUUAAUACAUGGUAUCUCAGUUCGUCAUGGUAUAUUUAUCCAAAAUUUGUUUGGUGGAUUGAAAUUGAUAAUGAUUUUAUUGAUGUGUGGUACCGGAUUGUACUCUUUAUUUAUUUAUAAACCAGCAGAGAUUGAAGUUUCAAUGUUACCAAAUAAUUUCCAUUAUAUGUCUCUGGAAGAAGGUUCAAUGGUUUCGAUAUCAUCUAUUGCUGCAGCUAUUACAAGUUCUUUUUUCUGUUUUGCAGGUUGGGAUUCAGUCCAUUCCGUGGUAUCUGAAAUCAAGAACCCUUCAAGGACUUUAAGAAUUUCAGGACCAGUGUCUCUUCUUGUGUGUUUUAUUUGUUAUAUACUAGUGAAUUUGGCAUACUUGAAAGUAUUAACAUUUCAAGAGAUUAAAGAAGCCGGCCCUUUAAUUGGUUCCGUCUUAUUCACCAAAUUAUUUGGUGUGUUCAUUGGGGGUAAAAUUCUAUCUAUUACAGUAGCAUUAUCUGCCUUAUCGAAUAUCUUGGUCGUUACUUAUGGUAUUUCCAGAAUGAAUCAAGAAAUAUUUAGAGAAGGUUAUUUGCCAUUUAGUAAAUUCAUGGCUAGUAAUUAUCCGAGAGAUGCUCCUUUACCUUCUAUUGCAUUGUGUGGUAUAUUGACCAUUGUAUGGAUUGUUUUAUUACCUGGAGAUUCUACAUCGUUUGAUUAUUUAAUCAAUAUGGAAGGGUAUGGGAACCAAUUUUUCUUAUUUCUAGUAGUUGUGGGAUUAUUCAUAUACAGACAUACUCAUAAGUCUAUUGAUCAAUCAUCACAACCUGGCAUAAAAGCAUCAUCCACGGGCAUUGUUGCAUUAGGCUUGUUAAGUCUCUAUCUGUUAGCUGCGCCUUUUAUCGAUUCUAAAGAUCAAGCCGUGAGAGUAGCAAAACUACCACCCUAUCAAGUCACAACAUUAAUAACGAUUGGCGUUUGCUUCCUAUACUGGUUUAAGAUGUUUUAUUUGUUUCCUAAAUUAGGUGGGUACAAAUUAAAGGCAAAGUUUAUUGUAUUGAAUGAUGGUUUGAUCAUGACAAAAUGGGUUAAGAGAUACGUCUAG